AUAUUUACACCACAAUCUUAUACAUGAUAGUGGGUUGCUUUGCUGUGUCUAAUGGAAACAAAGCUAUGCGACUGUUUCUCUCUCACUCACUAAAACCCACAACCAUUUGGUUUGUUAGAAGCUUUAACUCAUGGUCUUUUGCCAUUAAAAAUGCUUCUUCACCCAACAAAGCUCUGCAACUUUUCUGUCAAAUGCAACGCCACUCUAUACCUUUCGACAGCUUCUCCAUACUCUUCACUCUAAAAUCUUGUACCCAUUUGCACAACCUUCCUCUCAUCAAUCAUCUCCAUGCCCAUCUCCUCAAACUCGGCUUCAAUUCCCACGUCUACGUCGCCACUUCCCUCCUCCAUGCGUAUGUUGUUGCUUCGUUUCGCGAUGCCUGUGACCUGUUCGAUGAAAUGCCUGGGAGAAACACCGUCACGUGGAAUACGAUGAUUACGGGCUAUUCAAAGUCGGGAGAUGUUGAAAAGGCCUGGGGCGUGUUUGAUAGAAUGCCUUUGAGGGAUGUUGCCUCAUGGUCUGCCAUGAUCGCGUGUUACGUGAAUAAUGGCCAUUGGGGAAAUGGGUUAACGCUCUUUCACGAAAUGUUGAUGGUUGAGCAGUUAAAACCUGACCAAGUGACUUUGGGAUCGGUUUUAGUAGGGUGUGCCCACAUGGGUUCUAUAGGAUUGCUGCUUGGGAAAUCAAUUCAUGGAUUUAUUGCGAAGAAUGGUUGGGUAUUGAAUGUGGAACUUGGUACGGUUUUGGUUGACAUGUAUGCCAAGUGUGGAUUCUUAAAGAACGCUAGUCGGGUCUUUGAUAUGAUGCAAGACAGAAAUGUGAAGUCUUGGACUGUCAUAAUUUGUGGGUCUGCCCAGCACGGCUAUGGCAAAGAAGCAUUGUCUAUGUUUGAGAUGAUGAAAGAAGUUGGUGUUAGACCAAACGAAUUGACAUUCACCGGAGUUCUUAGUGCCUGUGCACAAGCAGGGUUGGUUGAGGAUGGCCGCAGAUAUUUUAGAAUGAUUGAAGAAUGCGGGUUGGCGCCCACAAUUCAGCAUUAUGGUUGUGUGGUUGACAUGUUUGGGAAGGCCGGGCUUUUGGGGGAAGCGUAUGAGGUUAUUAAGACAAUGAGACUUGAACCCAAUGUUUUUGUUUGGUGUUCCUUCUUGUCUGCGUGUAAGGUGCAUAAGAAGUUUGAGAUGUUUGAGAGAGUGGUUGAUCGGGUUACGGAGAUGGUAAAGCCGGAGAAUGAUGGAGGGGUUUAUACUCUUGUUUCAGAUUUGUAUGUUUUGAGCAAUAAGUGGGAUGAUGUGCCGAAAGAGUGAGAAAAUUAAUGGUGAACCAAAAUGUCAGGAAGGCAAGGGGAUCAAGUUUCAUCAGAAGUGGAGCAGGAUAGACAAAUAGUAAUAACAAAGGUGUGCAAACCAAUCAAUUGGUAUCGGUUGUAUUGUUGAAUUUGAAAUGAAAAGAGCAAUUCUUCCCAGGACGGGAUAUAGAGGGUGAUGCUUGAUGGUGGUAGACUCUCCAUUAGCAGGACACCCAGAAGGAGAAGAACAAGAAUUCGGUGUUGGAACAAAGUUUUAUGAUGGGAAUGAUUUCGCUUCUUUCAAUUAUUCAAAUGAAAACCAACAGCAGAGCAAAACCAAUUCUCUCGACAUGACAUGGCCUUAAAGUUACAGGUUGGUCUCUCUUUUUUUAUUUUCUUUUCUUUGUUCAGUUUCAUGUAUGUCUUAGUUAGUGAUACAAAUUCUUGUUGUUUGUUUCCUGUGUUUCUUCAAUUAAUGUGAUCUGCUUUGUUCCUUCAGAAAAGACAUAAAUGGUGAAAUGUUUUUGACUUGAAUACUCUUUAAGCUCUUGCAAUGCUUAUAUAGUUGAAGAAAGUGAAAAAACCAGAACAAAAUUGUAAUAAUUGGGAUAAGAUCUAGAUCCACAUUUGAUUAUGGUGAAAGUGAAACAGUGGAUGAAUUUGAUUUUGACUUGAUAAAUUCUCAGAUAAGGUUAAAUGUGCCCUGGAGUUUUUCUACUCUGAUGUCAUUAAAUUAAAUUUUGCAUGAGGGUAUUAUUUUUUCCCACUCUUGGCACUUCUUCACGUCAUUGAUUUACAAGUGUUUCUUAAUAUUCUUUUCUUUUCAUUUUUAUUGUCUAACGGUCAGGUAUUGGUAGGAAUAAAAUAGUCAUUAUGAAAAUUUAAAAUUUGUAGGUUUGUCUAUAUUUACACGACAAAGGAUCACGAACCCUUUUAAGAAAAAGUAGCCAAGUGAAUUUUUUAUGUUGAUACUCAAAAAGAAAAGAAACUACAUAAAGAAGCUGAAUAUUAUUUCCGAAUUGAAAUUAACGAAGUCCAUGCAUUAUAAUGUUAGGUAAUAUAAUACUAUAAAACAGAAGGGAGCAUAGCUAGAUUUCAGUCCAUUUUAUUAAGGUAUUUGAAAGAAAA